ACUGAAGGUCCUCUUGCCACCAAUACAGGUGAGGUGCUCUACUAGGCUUUGACCGAGCGCUGACGUGCUUUGCAGGAUGAAGUGCUCGACAUCUACGCUUCCUUCUUCAAGUUUGUCAAAGCAGAAUAUGACCUCGAGACUGCUCAGUCCUUGACAUCACUGGAAACUCUUCGGGCGCAGCUCAGCAAGUUGUCAGGCUUGGAGAGCAAGCGAUAAUGCAAACCGAACGCGGGUGAAUCUGUAGGAGCCAACUGUAGUCGCGUCGACGACGAGAUAGCAACUUUGCCACGCUUAUCGUUUCUUCGCGCUGGAGUCUCAAGGCGCGGGCAGAAUGUCGCGGAGACUGGCGGUGCUUGCUGGAGAGGCCUUGAUAGAGGGCAAGUUGCAGCCCGCCACCCUCGAAGUUUCACUUGAGAGCGGUCGAGUGACUGCCAUUCACCCCGGCUUGAGACCAGCGUCAGAUUAUCCUGCACCUGUAUGGCAGCUGCUCGACCUAUCUACUAGCUCAGACUGGCUACUGCCCGGUCUAGUUGACUGUCACGUCCAUCUCAAUGAACCAGGCAGAACAGAAUGGGAAGGCUUCGAGACGGGUACGAGAGCAGCCGCCAGCGGUGGCGUGACGACAGUCAUUGACAUGCCCCUCAAUGCCAUACCACCGACAACGACUGUCGCCAAUCUUGAUCUCAAGCUCAAAGCAGCUCAAGGACAAUGUCACGUCGACGUAGGAUUCUGGGGCGGCAUCGUACCUACGAACAUCGACGACCUCUUGCCGCUCGUACGUAGAGGAGUGAGAGGCUUCAAGUGCUUCCUGAUCGAGAGCGGCGUCGAAGAAUUCCCUUGUGUGACCGGCGAGCAGGUCCGCGCGGCAAUGGCCAGACUCAAAGACACCGAAUCGGCCGUACUGUUCCACGCUGAGCUUGGCACACCCACGACCGACCACGAACAGCUCAGACUGCAAUCAGAGCUUGCGCAGCUCGAUCCAAGGCAAUACGUCACCUUCCUCAAGACGCGUCCGGAGUCUUUCGAGACUUCAGCCAUUGAACUUGUAGCGCAGCUCCAAGCCGAGCAGCCGAGCGUCAAAACACAUAUAGUACACCUUUCCGCUGCAUCUGCGCUGCCUACGAUCAAACUCGCCAAGGCGGCUGGCUUGCCAAUGUCAGUAGAGACGUGCUAUCACUACCUUUCGCUCGCGGCGGAGAACGUACCAGAAGGCAGGUGCGAAUUCAAAUGCUGUCCUCCUAUACGCGAGCAGGCGAACCAGGAUCUACUAUGGUCAGCCCUCAAAUCUGGCGAGAUCGACUUUGUCGUGUCGGAUCACUCGCCUUGUGUGCAGGAAAUGAAGCUCUUGUCCGAGGGUGAUUUCGUCAAGGCGUGGGGCGGCGUUGGUGGGCUCGGACUUGGACUUAGUCUGAUGUGGACAGAGGCCAGACGACGAGGCGGCAUAAGCAUACAACAAAUUAUCGACUGGCUCGCAUUCCGACCCGCCCAUUUUGCACGAGUCGAUGAUCAGAAAGGCAGCCUGAAGGUCGGUGGCGAUGCCGACUUCAUCCUAUUCGAUCCCACGGCACGCUUCAUCGUGGAAAAAGAACAUCUCGUCUUCAAAAACAAGCUAUCCCCAUACACGUCACGGGAGCUGCAGGGUGCUGUGCAGCAAACCUACCUACGAGGCCAGCUCGUUUUCGACAGAGCGAGGCCAGAGAUCCUCAGCAUUGCCAGAGGACGAACGCUCAUCGCGUGAGAUAGAAUGUACAUGAUGGCAUUGUUGUAAGCAACAACAGUAGACGUCAGCGCCUAAGAAGAGAUGAAUUGAAAUACGGCCGAGACCGCGCCCAGACCUGUCUCUGCACGCAAAAGGUCGUCAUGAAUGUUUUGAAGGCAAUCGUUGCUCAUGUGAUUCCACGUGCUCGUGUCGCCGUAAAGCAUGGCAGGCGCUCUGAUCG